GUCCUCGAUGCCGUCAGCCUUGGCCAUCUUCACUUGCCGCCCGAACUCACACCCGUUUCAGGAGCGUCAUGUCUACCUGGACGAGCCCAUUAAAAUUGGCCGCUCCGUGGCCCGCUGUCGACCAGCGCAAAAUAAUGCUACCUUUGAUUGCAAAGUGCUGUCCAGGAACCAUGCUCUCGUCUGGUUUGAUCACAAGACGGGCAAGUUUUAUCUUCAAGACACUAAAAGUAGUAAUGGUACCUUUAUAAAUAGCCAGAGAUUGAGUCGAGGCUCUGAAGAAAGUCCACCAUGUGAAAUUCUUUCCGGUGACAUUAUCCAGUUUGGGGUAGAUGUGACGGAGAACACACGGAAAGGUACGGUUACCCAUGGGUGUAUUGUUUCCACAAUAAAACUUUUUCUACCCGAUGGUAUGGAAGCCCGGCUCCGCUCAGAUGUCAUCCAUGCUCCAUUACCAAGUCCUGUUGACAAAGUUGCUGCUAACACUCCAAGUAUGUACUCUCAGGAACUAUUCCAGCUUUCUCAGUAUCUUCAGGAGGCCUUACAUCGGGAACAGAUGUUGGAACAGAAGUUAGCCACGCUACAGAGGCUGCUAGCCAUUACCCAAGAGGCUUCAGAUACCAGUUGGCAGGCUUUAAUAGAUGAAGAUAGACUCUUAUCACGGUUAGAGGUUAUGGGAAACCAGUUGCAAGCAUGCUCCAAAAAUCAAACAGAAGAUAGUUUACGGAAGGAACUUAUAGCAUUACAGGAGGAUAAACACAACUAUGAGACUACAGCCAAAGAGUCCCUGAGGCGGGUUCUUCAGGAGAAAAUUGAUGUGGUUAGAAAACUUUCAGAAGUUGAGCGAAGUCUUAGUAAUACUGAAGAUGAAUGUACCCAUCUGAAAGAAAUGAAUGAACGGACUCAGGAAGAAUUAAGAGAAUUAGCCAAUAAAUAUAAUGGAGCAGUUAAUGAGAUUAAAGAUUUAUCUGAUAAAUUAAAGAUAGCAGAGGGAAAACAAGAAGAAAUCCAACAGAAGGGACAAGCUGAGAAAAAAGAAUUACAACAUAAGAUAGAUGAAAUGGAAGAAAAAGAACAGGAACUUCAGGCAAAAAUAGAAGCUUUGCAAGCUGAUAAUGACUUUACCAAUGAAAGGCUAACAGCUUUACAAGUACGGUUAGAACAUCUUCAAGAGAAAACUCUUAAAGAAUGCAGCAGCUUAGGGAUACAAGUUGAUGACUUCUUACCUAAAAUAAAUGGGAGCACAGAAAAAGAGCACUUGCUUUCAAAGAGUGGCGGGGACUGCACUUUUAUUCAUCAGUUCAUAGAAUGCCAAAAGAAGCUGAUCGUCGAGGGGCACCUAACCAAAGUAGUAGAAGAGACAAAGCUUUCAAAAGAAAACCAGGCAAGAGCGAAGGAAUCCGACUUGUCAGACACUCUGAGUCCAAGCAAGGAGAAAAGUAGUGACGACACUACAGAUGCCCAAAUGGAUGAUCAAGACCUAAAUGAACCCCUUGCUAAAGUGUCCCUAUUAAAAGAUGACUUGCAGGGUGCACAGUCAGAAAUUGAGGCAAAACAAGAAAUUCAGCAUCUUCGCAAGGAGUUGAUUGAAGCCCAGGAACUAGCUAGAGCAAGUAAACAAAAAUGCUUUGAACUUCAAGCUCUUUUGGAAGAAGAAAGAAAAGCCUAUCGAAAUCAAGUUGAGGAAUCCAGUAAACAAAUACAGGUUCUUCAAGCCCAACUACAGAGGUUACACAUCAAUAUUGAGAAUCUCCGGGAGGAGAAGGAUAGUGAAAUCGCAAGUACUCGAGAUGAAUUGCUUAGUGCCCGAGAUGAAAUUUUACUCCUUCAUCAAGCAGCAGAAAAGGCUGCCUCUGAGCGGGACACUGACAUUGCUUCUUUACAAGAAGAGCUUAAGAAAGUGCGAGCUGAGCUUGAGCGGUGGCGGAAAGCAGCAUCUGAAUAUGAGAAAGAAAUCAUGAGUUUGCAAAAUAGCUUUCAGCUUCGGUGUCAACAAUGCGAGGACCAGCAGAGGGAAGAAGCAACCAGGCUACAAGGUGAACUAGAGAAGUUAAGAAAGGAAUGGAAUGUAUUGGAUACCGAAUGCCGUUCUCUAAAAAAGGAAAAUGUUUUGCUAUCUUCAGAACUGCAGCGGCAAGAAAAAGAAUUGCACAAUUCGCAGAAGCAGAGUUUAGAGCUUACCAGUGAUCUCAGCAUCCUGCAGGUGACCAGGAAAGAGCUUGAAAAUCAAGUGGGAUCCUUAAAAGAACAGCAUCUUCGGGAUUCAGCUGAUUUAAAAACUCUUCUCAGUAAGGCUGAAAACCAAGCAAAGGAUGUACAGAAAGAGUAUGAAAAGACACAGACUGUACUCUCAGAACUGAAGUUGAAGUUUGAAAUGACUGAGCAGGAAAAACAGUCAAUCACAGAUGAGCUCAAACAAUGUAAAGACAACCUGAAGCUGCUCCGAGAGAAAGGAAAUAAUCCUUCCAUAUUACAACCCGUCCCAGCCGUAUUCAUCGGCCUAUUCCUGGCUUUCCUGUUUUGGUGUUUCGGUCCAUUGUGGUAGAGAAAGAAACCCUGGCCCUGGAUGCCCAUGUUGGCUGCCCUGGUUGCGGUGACAGCCAUCGUGCUGUACGUGCCAGGUCUGGCCAGAGCUUCUCCAUGAGAGCGUUUCUUGAGUCCGUACACCGUCCUCCCUCUAGAAGCUGGCACCACACUCAUGCUGGGGACAAACAGAACCAUUUUCUUCCUUUUUACCUCUUAGAACAGCAGAAGUGCAAGAAUACAGCUGUAGGGUCAUUGCUUUAAAGUAUAUAAAAUGUAUCUGUCUAUAAAGAGGAUAUAAAAUUGUGACUCUUCUACUGUAAGCAAUAAUUUGCUUGCAAUUUUUCAUGUAAUUUUUAAAUGAGUAUGUUUAAAUUCUGAAUAUUACGGUGGCCUAAAGUAGGCUUCUUGGUACACCAAAUUAUUUAUAACAUUAAAUUUAUGGGUAUUUUACUCUGAAUUCUAAUGGCCAGGUAAUUCUUUCUUUUUUUUUUUUUCCUUUCUGUUUUUGAUUCGAUAACUACCCAAACCAAACAACUGAUACAUACAUGGGAAGAGAGGCCCUGUGUGCUCAGUGCCUAUCAGUUUGAAAUAUAUACACAUAUAUAUAUAUUUUUUACAUAUUUACGCCAUUUUUACUUGUUAUAAAACCACUGAGCUAUUGGGAACAAGACUUAGAUACAACUCUUUGUGUGGAUUCUUUUUUUUUUUUUUUUUAAGGAGAAAUACACUUGGAAAAUCACUCUGUUCUAGUGAUGAUUUGGGGAAUAUGUGCACACUUGUUCAGCCUUAAUGUGACUUGAUGAUGUGGAGGACAUCAACUUUGAAAAACUUUCCAUGAGAGUGCGUAUUUUCUUGAGCAAACUGAAAUAUUUCUGGGAGCAAAAACAUAGUAAUUAUACAGUUUCAGUGCAGUAAACCAAACUGUUGAGUCAAUUGGAAUGUAAUUUAUUAAACCUCCUGUAUUUAAAGAGAUAUUUUUCUUUAAAAGCCAAGUUACUUUCUCAUAUACAGCAUUUUAGGAAGCAUGAUUUUUUUUUUUCAUAUCAUCUCUUCCUCCAAGCAUGUUUAAUUGAAGAAAGAAUUAAUAUCUCUUUAGAUAAGCUUUUACUGACUUAAUUUGGUUAUGAUAUUUCAAAGCUAAUUUGUGUUCAAGGUGAGCUGUUUUACCUACCAACAGAUUUCCUGGUUGGGUAUAUAAAUGGUGAUUUUCUUCUUAUGGUUGUUAACUGGGACAUUCUGUUAAUGAGAAGCACUAUCCCCAAGAUGAAUAGUAUUCCAUGCACAGUGAAGCACCUAAGCACUGCUUGAUGUUGCAAAUUUAAAACACGGAAGUGAAGGUUUAGCUUUGGUUUUUGUACGGCACCACAGUUAUGUCAAUAAAGAUUAUUUAGGUCAUAGAAUAUCCUGAAGUAUCACAUAGUUAAAAUUUUUCAGUCAAUGAAAACUGGGAGGGAAUGUCAGUGAACUGGCUUGAAUGUUCUGUGGCAGUCCACAGGCCUGGCCAAAUAUUGAAGUAGAGUUUAGGAUAUAAUUUGCCUUGUGAUGUUUGGCAGUCAUUGUCUAUACUUUAAAGGUUAUAUUUUAAGCUCUUUGGGAUUUGCUGUUGGAAGGAUCACUAGACUUAUGGAGGAAUUAGUCACAAAUUGACUUGUAGAAAAUACUGUCAUGUAGUUCAUUUCAUCUUUUUCUGUUGCAGGAAGCCACUCCACCACAGAAUGCUAAUAUGCCAGUGGUACCCAGUACCUCUUGUAUAUAGGUUAUUGCAAAUAUUGUUCUGAAAUGCUUAACUUCAGAAUUACAUUUUUUAAAGUAAAUAAUUGUUUAAAUCUAUUUUGUAAAGAUAUAAAGUACAAUAGAAUUUCUGGAGUACAGAUUAAACUAUUUGCACUAACACACGUGAUGUGCAUGAUUUAAUAAAAUAACUUUACUCUCCCUA